AUGCUGACAUCAUGGCUUCACGGCCAUCGAUUACGGUACUUACUUCAAGCUCUAUGUUUGCCGUUACUCAUUCCGAUUGUGUUUGUGAGUAUUCCGGUCGUUUGUGUUAUGGAAAUUUGUUUCCGUUUAUGCCGCCGUCGGUUGAAAUCAGAACCGCCGCAGGAUUUGGAGGGAGGAGGCGGAGAGGCCAUGGAUUUGGAUUUGUUGGAGAGGUAUCUUGAUGAUCAGAUAAGGUUUGUUCUUGAGGUUUCAUGUGAAUGUGAAUAUGAAUAUGAUAGUGGUGGUGAUGAAAGUGGUGACUGUUUUGGUGAUCGGAGCUUUGAUAGAUGGGGAAGGGUUUUGAUGAUGGCUGCUAGGGUGUGGUGGGUACUGGGUGGGUGUCAAGAGAUGAAGAAGGUGGCCCUACCGUACUUAUCUUUUUAA